AAAAAAAAUUGUACAGUACAAAAUUCAUGGGUUUUAUUAUAGAGAUAUCAGAUCAUAACUUUAGUCACAAGUUGAGUUACUGAAGUGUCUGGAACAAGUAGAAAUCACUGAUUACAGCACACCAAAGCACAGGAUCGUAGACGUUGACGAAAUUCCUGGAAACCCGAAAGGUGAAAGCGGCAGUAAUGAAGUCACUAAUGACGUCACACACAAGGUGUAAUGGUAUUUAACUGGCUAAUUAAUGGAAAACAGUUGCCUCCGAGUUCGGUUCGUGCGUUGCGUUCGCCUAAAGUUAACCUAAAGAACACCAACGCCAAUGUGCGGGUGCCACAAGACGCACCUAUGUCAAAGAUUAGGGUCGCCUACCAUUUUGUUUUAGCACGCGGGUUACAGCGGGCGGAGCAACGGCACGCACUGGGUGGAGCUACAGCUACCACGUAGACGAGUCCAGUCACACCAAGACAUUGGCGCGAGAGUAGCGGCGUGUGCAUGCGCACUAUCACUUUGCACUGAAGCGACAGAAACCGUGGCAGGUAUUGUAUGACAGCCAAGUAAUAGGGGCGGUACGACAGCGUACGGCAGUGGGACACAAUCGGGUGGAUGGCUUUUCAGAAACAUAACGCGCACUUUCUUGCGUUGUCGUUGAACGGGCUGGCUAGGCUUACAAAUGUUCGCCGAAGCAGCGCCAUGAAACUCGACGGGACGUUUUUCUGCAACGACCGGAGGAAAGCCUGCAUGGAUUCUUUAGUGAGAUCAUCAGAAGAACUCAGUCGCAUGUUCCGCAACGUUCCUACUACGCUGUCAGCUGCCGUGUUGGUUCCGUUCUGCAUUAACCGCGGAGGCGAGCCCGCCGUCUUGCUGACAUUAAGGUCACGGAGCCUCGCCAGGCACGGCGGGUUCAUUAGCUUUCCUGGAGGCAUCGCCGACAAAAGCGACGGGUCAGCUAUGGAAACUGCGCUUCGGGAAACUGAAGAGGAGCUCGGGAUAGCGCCUGCAAACGUGGACGUGUGGGGAUCUCUUGAAUCGCUUCCGUCUCUGGGCUCCACGAUUUCUGUCACGCCCGUUGUCGGAUUUGUGAAAUCCAAAUCGUUGAUGGAAGAGCUCACAGUGAAUGAAGACGAAGUGGAAAAAGUGUUUAUGCCAUCUUUGCGAAGCCUGUGCGACCCUCGCGACUGGGAGUACACGUGCUGGAAAUACCCCGGUGUACCGGACCAUGCGUCGCCAGUUUUUGUUCUCAACGGUGACGAAAGGAUUUGGGGACUAACUGCAAGAAUAUUGCAUCUGUGUAUGGCCAGUAUUUUACCAGAACUGUACUGCAGAAGUUACCCAGCCUUAAACGUUACCAAUGGUGGCAGUAAGCUCUAAUGAUGCUCUUACUGAUGUGCACGGCGCUUCUGAAACUGUUCGCUCUUCAGACGGCAGACGAAACUUGCCCUGCCAUAGAUGACGAAACUGUGAAAGGCAACAGCUGCGGACAUGCUGCGCACAUUCCCUAUGCUGCGCACAUAACGCAUGCACACGUCGAAGCAGGCGCAAAAGCUAUAAUUUUUUUCUUUCUCUAUGCUAUAAUAGCAAAAGCUAGAAAGUCAUUAAAGGCAUCGCCACAGUUUCGUAAACAAAA